UUACUGUUGUCUGUGGGUCGUUACUUGUCACUCGUCAGGUUGCCAAAUCUUAUUCGCCAAUCGGCGGUUGCUUGAUGAACUUUAUUCACGUUAGGUUAGGUUAGCGUGUUUUGCUUCGUAUUGUCAUGAGAGUGUGAGGAUUGGAUAUAUUUGUAUGUUUAAGGAAAUAAAUUUAUUUAAUUUUGAAAUUACUAGAGACCAGUAGUGAAGAAUACAACUGUCUUGUGACUUUGGUGUAUAAAUUUUAAAAUGUAGUUACUUUUGAUCUAAUUUCUUCAAAAUAUAAUCAGUCAAACCAAAAUGCCUGGUGGUCGAAGAAACCUUAGCCGAUCUGGAUCUGGACGGCCUCCUCAACCAAUAUUCUCAACUAACGAUGAUAUUAACAAAUCAAAAUUGGGGUUGCAGUGUGAAGGUGUUUCGUCCAAAGUGGUAUCUCCUCGACACAUUCCCUUACCAGUGUUACCACAUGAUAGUAGCCUUAUGUUUGAGAUAAUUAUGUUCUCAUUCACUGCUAUGGCAACAUUUCUACAAUUCCUGCAUCUUUAUCGUUCUGUUUGGUGGUUGCCACAGUCUUACACAAGAUAUUCUAUGAAUUUUUAUCUGAUUGACCCUUACCUAGUGGGGUUUAUUGGCACAAUAUUGGGUCGCCGACUUCUAUACAGCUUGGUGAGUGAAGCUGUCAUGGUCUGGACACCACCAUCUAUAUGGGCAGUUCUGCAGCAACUAGUCAGGUUGUUGUUACUGAGCAUUGUUCUGGCGUCGCUCAUUUGGUGCACAUACAACAUCAUGCAAAACCAUCCAAUUGUUAACAUAUUUUAUCUGUGUUAUCCGUAAGUAUCUAUUUCACAAUUAAAGUAAU